AUGAGCAGAGCAGUCCUUCAGCCUUUUGAAGAAUACCAAAAAGCUCGAGUCACAUUUGUUCAAACAGUUGCAGAGCUGGCGACACGGCCACAGAAUAUUGAUGCUUUACAAAGCGCUGGUGUGAUGGCAUUGUUGAGGCCUUUGCUAUUAGACAAUGUGCCAAGCAUACAACAAUCAGCAGCCUUAGCCCUUGGGAGAUUAGCCAAUUAUUCAGAUGACCUCGCUGAACAGGUGGUGGCACAUGGGAUUUUGCCUCAAUUAGUGCUAUCUUUAGCAGAGCAAAACCGAUUUUACAAGAAAGCUGCAGCAUUUGUGCUGAGAGCAGUCGCAAAACAUUCAGCAGAGCUAGCGCAGGCAAUAGCUGAUAGUGGAGGGCUUGAAGCACUUGUUACAUGUCUAGAGGAGUUUGACCCAGGAGUAAAAGAAAGCGCUGCCUGGGCGCUUGGGUAUAUAGCUAGACAUAACGGCCAAUUAGCAAGUCGUGUUGUUGAAGGAGACGCUGUACGUCUUUUAGUGCUUUGUGUGCAGGAGCCAGAGCUUUCUCUUACUCCCCCCCCCCCGUGAGCGAACAAAAAAAUUUUGUUCGCUCACGGAGGGGGGUUAAUUUUUUUUUUAAAAAAAAUUUAUAUAUAAAUUUUAUAAAAAAUAUUUUUUUCGAAAUUUAAAAAAAAUCCUAAUUUGCAAAAAUUGGGAAGCAAAUAUUAAUUUAAUUUGCAAAAUUUAUGUUUUAAAACGCAAUUUGUUUAAAAUUAAACAGAAUUAGCUCUAGAUUUCAUUAUACUAAUUAUCACUUAUAUAUCAAAAUUUUUUUUCCAUUAAAAUUUUUUCUAUUAAAAAAAUUUUUGUUCACUCACGGAGGGUGGGUUUUUGGUCAAAAAAUGGCGAUUUUUUCUAAUGGUUUUGUUCGCUCACGGAGGGGGGGGGGGAGUUAGUUAGGAGAAUUGCUGCAAGUGCUUUGAGUGAUAUAGCCCGUCACUCUAGCGAUUUAGCUCAAAAAAUAGUUGACGCUAUGGCAGUUCCACAUUUGUCCCAAUACAUCAACCAUCCCGACUCUCAGCUUAAACGCCAAGUAUGCUCUUGUUUAGCACAAAUAGCUAAGCAUACUCCAGAACUUGCAGAAUCCGUUGUAGAGGCCGAAAUUUUCCCACGAAUUCUCAAUUGCCUUAAAGACGUCGACACCCAUGUCCGUAAAAAUGCUGCGACCUGCAUAAGAGAAAUUGCGAAGCACAACCCUGCCUUAGCAAAAUUAAUAGUAAACGCAGGCGGUGCUGCAGCUAUAGUAGACUAAGUUAGAUUAGAUUAUGCUGCAUCCUUAAAGUCCCAACUUCGACGAGUGAUAUCUGCACAGCCCGCCGUUAGGAGCUGUGUAGUGGCCUAAGCGAAUUGGGUGGACUUCCACCUUUGGUAUCUCUGAGCCUAAACCGAAACCCUGGCUUCUCGGUAGUGGCUGCCGCAGACCAUAGUGAGCACCCCCAACUCAGUCCUUCAUCCUUAUUAGGCCAACUUUUGCAUCUUAUUCUAAUCUGAUCGCCCCACUCAAGGGUCCUUAUACUGGAGGAGCCGCCUAUUAGUCUUUUUUCAGGUCAUCCCUGACUGCUUCCACUAUUCGGGGCAAACAAUAAUAGCAGUUUGAGCAAGCAAUUCACCUAGGCCUUUUCUGAUUCCAAAAGCAAUGCCCGAUAUACACGGGUAACCUUCACACAAGAGACUGGUCGUACGCCAUCACCAUUUUAUGCAUACUAUAAUAGACUAUAUAAGUGAAGUCAAAGGAAACCCAAGACUGCCUGGAAUUAUGACAUUAGGCUAUAUCGGUGCUUUUGACGAAAGUUUAGCUAUGGGUGUAAUUGUUUCUAAAGGAAUUCCGCCACUUAAAGACGCUCUUAAAAAUGAAGGGGAAGAUCAUAUAAAAGCUGCAUCUGCAUGGUCUUUAGGACAGAUUGGGAGACAUAGUGCAGAUCAUGCAAGAGCGCUUGCAGAGUUAGAUGUACCUAAUUGUUUAUUAGCAGCUUAUAUAGAUGAACAAAGCAGCGAAGACUUGAAGACAAAGUCAAAAAGAGCCCUUAAGAGCAUUGUACAGAUGUGUACUUAUUUACCUGCCUUGGAGCCGUUAUUACAAUUAUAUCUUUUGAAGUGAAUAUCUAUUGAUAAUUAUUUAAAAAAAUCCAUUUAUAUGUUAAAAUUAAGGAUUAUUUAGAUGAUAUCAAAAGUUCUAUGCUAUAAAUAAGAAUAGCUCCACCUAAUAUAUUGAAAUACGUUAUCAAUCAGUUCGCAAAAACUCUACCUCAUGAUAUAGCAGCAAGAAAAACAUUUGUGCAGAGCGGUGGGCUACAAAAGGUACAAGAAAUUGAUGCUCCUCCUGGGACGAAGCUUAGAGAGUACAAAGAAGCGAUCAAUAAUUUAUAUCCUCGAGACAUCGUUUCCUAUUAUUCUCCAAACUAUGCAGAAACUUUGUUAAAGAAAAUUGAAGACUUCAAUGAAUCUUAG